CUAAUUUUGCAUUUUUGAGCGUAGACUCAGACUGGCACAGACAGACUGGCGCAAGCCCGCAAGGUACGAAAAAAAUUGUACCGGUCAACACCAAUAUUUUGGAUACAUAUUUUCCAUAUUUUGAGCUUUGAGCUGCUUGUUGGAACCAGGUUAGAACUGCAGAUUCAACUCCAACUCAGGCUAAACCAUCACUAAUCAUGUCAAAGGACGAGAAUAUUGAGGACUUAGAGAUCUACUCGAUUUUAAACGUUGCUGAAGAUGCAUCUGUGGACGAAAUAAAAAAGGCCUACAGGAAAGCUGCCCUGCAGUGCCAUCCUGACAAAAACCCGGACAACCCAAAUGCAGCCAAGCAAUUUAUCCAGUUGGCUUCGAUUCUAAAGCUGCUCUUGGAUCCAGCUUCAAGGAAGACAUAUGAUUCGCUUAGGAAAGCAAGACUCCAGGCAAAACUACGCGUUGAGAGACAAGACUCGAAAAGGAGGAAACUCCGGGAGGACCUUGAAAGGCGAGAACGGGAAAGUGCUAGCAACAAAUACGACCGCCGGACUGAAGAGGAAAGGUUGAAAGCGGAAAUUGAAAGAUUGAGAAAAGAAAAUGCAAGACAUCUAGAGGAAGAAGUUGCAGCAAUGCAGAAAAAGCUAUUGGAAGAAAUCGAAGAAGAAGCUAAGAGGGCAGCAACAGAGUCGUCAAUAUACAGGAUAAAGCUGAAGUGGAAAAAGUCCAACCCUAGUUACAAUCAAGAGACUUUAACAGAACUGUUUUCCAAGUUUGGCCCUUUGUCGGCCAUCGUGGUGUCGAAAAAAGGUGGAUCAGCUCUUUUAGAGUACAGUGACAUUCACAUAGCAAGACUAUCAGCUCAACACGCAGCUGGUAUGCCAGGAAACCCUUUGGAGGUCAAUCCGAUUGGCUGGUCUUUACAAGAGCCAAUUCCAGAACCUGUUGCUGAUGAAAUGGAUGAUGAUGACUAUGAGGAACUAGUAUUUAAAAAGAUGCGAGCUGCACAAGCAUAUCAAUCUCAAAAUAGUAGUACUUGUGGUUCAACUAAUGAAUAAAUAUUUCUAUUCUAAAAA